AACUUUUAUUUUGAAAUAUGGAAAUAAGGGUGAAGGCAGCCGGAAGUAAAUCUACUGGAAUAGCUGCUUCACGUUGUUGAAGAUCACUAUGGCCUUCUCAUCAAUGACGCUUCCAAAGAUGUUAACAACACACUACAGGUCUUUCAGUGUUUCAACAGUUGUGACGGCCCUUCAGAAGCUGACAAGGGUACGGGUGGUAGACAACAGCAGUCUUGGAAACAGCCCCUAUCACCGUUCUCCUAGAGUCAUUCAUGUGUACACCAAGAAUGGAGUGGGCAAAGUGGGUGACACGGUCCUGUUGGCCAUUAAAGGACAGAAAAAGAAAGCACUGAUUGUGGGUCACAAGAUGCCUGGAUCAAGAAUGUCACCUAGAUUUGAUUCAAACAAUGUUGUUUUGAUCGAAGAAAAUGGGAACCCAACAGGAACGAGGAUUAAAGCUCCCAUACCUACACAUUUACGCAAACUGGAGGGUGAUUACUCCAAAUUAUUAGCUAUUGCACAACGCUUUGUGUAGGUAAUGUUAUUGACUCAUAGCUACUAUUGCUUAUUGGCACAGUGUUGAACAAAGGGAAAAAAAUGUCAUGUCUCCAAAACCUGGCAAACCAACAAAUAAAACUUAUUUAAAAAAAAUUAUU